AUGGCAGCCAACGAAGUCUACCAAUACUCCCUGAUAUCCGCCCUCAUGGACGGCGUAGCCUCCAACGGCAUCCCCAUAUCCGACGUUUUGCGCCAUGGCGACCACGGUCUUGGCACCUUUAAGAACAUGGUUGGCGAGAUGAUUGUCCUCGACGGGGAGGUGUACCAGAUGAAGGCCGACGGUUCGGUGGUACAUGUCGACCCGGAAACAACCAUCACACCCUUUGCAACGGUCACCAGAUUCGACCCCACCACCACUGUCAAGGCUACGUUGAAAGAUGGCAAGAAAGAUCUUCAGGCGUUACUAGAUGAGCUCCAUCCAGAGGCAACGAACCAUUUCCUCGCGAUUAGGCUGGAUGGGACGUUUGAGAGGAUAGAGUUCAGGACUGCGGGCGGGCAGUGCAGGCCGAGAGAGGGGAUGGUGGAUGUUUGCUCGAGGCAGACGACCCAUACGUUUGAGGGGGAGAGGGGGACGGUGAUUGGGUUUAGGUGCCCAGGGUAUGUCAUGGGGAUUAAUGUUGCGGGGGAUCAUUUGCAUUUUAUCAGUGAGGAUCGGGAGAGGGGAGGGCAUAUAUUGGGGUUUGAGACCGAGGGGGAGAUCGAGGUUGGCGUGGCGGUCAUGUCGAACUUCCGCUUGGAACUUCCAAAGGGGGAUAGAGAGUUUGAUGAGGCGAAGUUGGUGAAGGACGAGGAGGGGAUUAAGGCUGUCGAAGGGUGA